GGUUCCGCGGCGGGCGUGUCUGAGGCGGUUGUCGAAGGCGUGACUUGGCAAACCGUGCGAGGAUUGGCAGAGAUGGACAGUCACGGCUGCUCAAACGGUCUACGCGAAGAAGAGAUCGACGCCGUGGCGAUGGCAGUGACUGCCGUCGUCGUGAACACGAUGGGCGACAAGGAGUCCUCGUCGUGCGACAUGCUGAUGCGGCUCCGGCAACGAAGAGCGUUGUUGCAGAGCGUUGCAGAGGCGCCGGAUUGCACGGCGACGUGUGAGGCAGUCGUCCAGUUGUGUGUCGCGCUGACGUCUGGCGUUUUCCCGCAGCAGACUCCUCGAUGGUGGAUUAAACGACGGACUGGCGGGACAUGGGAGGACCUCCUGCUUCGGGACGACGCGACGGACGAGUACUUCCGGCAAAAGCUGCGCAUGUCGACGACCAGGUGGAGGAGAAUGGAGGUCUGCAAAAAAUUGGAAGAGGAGAAGGGAGGCAGCCAUAGCCGAGGCUGGGAGCUCACUGCCCCACCUUCACGUUGGUGUCGCGACCGGUAGGCUGCGUCGGGGGUUAGGCCAUGCGGCGAACGACACGCGUUGGGGAUAUGCUGCCGGAUUUACCGCGCAGCGUUAACUU